UUGUGCAACGAGCGCUCGCUCACUAUAAAAAGAACUCGCAGGAUCAGAUAAAAUACAACCAGAAGCAGAGAGAUAUUCUAGUGUUUGUCAAAGAACCCCAUCAAAGGAGCAAAAAUGAAAUACUCUUCUCAAUGGUGGAUGCUAUCAUUAGCAAUUCUACUUUUAACCGUAUCCGUUCAUUCCUCGCGAACUCUUCUGAAAAAUGAAAAUGGGGUGAAAACUGCCAUCUUUCUAUCCCCUGCAUUCGUUCUAGGACCAGGAUCCGUGUCGAACAAAGAGUACCUCAAUGUCGACUUCCCAAGAGGCCACAUUGCUCUCAAGGACUUCAAUGGUGAAGUGAUCGAUGAGGCGGGGAAUCCUAUCCCACUUUAUGAGACUUAUCUCCACCAUUGGGUCCUGGCUAGAUACUAUAGUAACUCUUCAGCUGUGGAUACGAAUAUCACCUUUGUGAGGAAUGCUGGAGUUUGCCAGGGAGAUGUGCUUGGGCAGUACUAUGGGCUUGGAUCAGAAACGCGACGGACUUCCACACACGUGCCGGACCCUUACGGUGUAGAAGUCGGGAAUCCUGCUGAAAUUCCAAAUGGGUAUGUGGAGAGGUGGUAUCUGAAUGUCCAUGCAAUUGAUACGCGGGGUGUGGUUGAUCGAAUGGGGUGCGCCGAGUGUAGGUGCAAUCUUUAUAAUGUGACGAAGGAUGGAAGUGGUAGUCCUUUGCCAAAGGAUUACAUUGGUGGUCUUCGUUGUUGCUAUGAUCAGACACAGUGUAGGUUGAGAGAAAGCUUUGAGGAUGUGAAGAGAAAGCUGUACUUGAGAUACACUGUGAAGUGGGUCGACUGGCAUGAUAGCAUUGUGCCUGUUAAGAUAUACAUAUUCGAUGUAACGGAUUCUGGGAAGAGAACAAAUUCAACCAGUGAAAAUGAUCGACUCGGUUGCAAGGUCGAAUAUGACGUUGAGCCGUGUGGUGCGGCAGACAUGGGCAAAAGCCAUUGUGUAGAUUCCAAAAAGAUGAGCAUCGUCAUGCCUCGUGGGGGCGAUGUUAUCUAUGGGGUGGCCCACCAGCAUUGGGGUGGAGUUGGUUCAACUCUUCAUGGACAGGAUGGCAGAGUUAUAUGCUCUUCAAUACCAAUCUAUGGAAACGGGAAAGAAGCAGGGAAUGAGGAUGGCUAUAUUGUUGGGAUGUCCACUUGCUAUCCGAAGCCAGGGUCUGUUAAGAUCUCAGAUGGAGAGGUUUUGACUCUCAAAUCGAAUUAUAGUAGCAGCCAAAUACAUACUGGAGUCAUGGGCCUCUUCUACAUCUUAGUAGCAGAUCUGCCAUUGAAGAAUUGAUUAGUCCCCAUGCGUAUGGAUUAGACGUGUGGAGGAAGUCACGUGAAAGGAAUUCUCUCCUUCUCUACUUCCACUUCUCCUACUUCCUCUCUGCUUCUACUCUCCCACUCUUCUACUUUUGUUAAAAAUUUUGAUUCUAAAAAUAAGAAAAGCUAUUUUCCCUUGUCUUGUGGUUUUGGUGUUGGGUUUAGUUCCACUUUGAAAAGGAGAUGGGAAACUUAGGCUUUUAUAUUAGACUUUGGCUUAUUAUUUGUAUUGGGUUUGUUAUCUUCAAGGGUGUUGUCAUGCCCAUGCAUGCAUGGGUAGAGUGUUGUUAUGCACCAAUAAAUAAUUAAUGAGCAGGUAUGAGUCAAUUUGUCAUUAA